GCUCGGGGUGGGCUCUGUCAUUUCCGUGCGGUCCGUGAAGGCAGCAUCGGGACCCAGGGUGUGUGCAGUCAGUCAAGCUGACAGAGGGAGACAGGGAGAGGGAAACACCGGGAACAUCUGUGCCUGGUUCCCCCGCGUCUAUCUUCGGUCUCUCUGCGGAACAUGGACCGGUCUCUGAGCUAGUUGCUGAGGGUGGGUGGGGGGGCUGGAAGAACACGGAUCGUCUGCGGAGCUAAAGCUGCAGGUGGAGCCUCCAUCAUCUUCACCACCACCACCACCACCAUCAGUUCCCUCCAGAGGAGACCAAGCGGCGCUGCAGAGAUGCAGACCUUCCUGAGGGGUCGCAGGGUGGGCUACUGGCUCAGCGAGAAGAAGAUGAAGAAGCUGAACUUCCAGGCCUUCGCUGAGCUCUGCAGGAAAAGAGGAAUAGAAGUCGUCCAGCUGGACCUCAGCCAGCCUCUGGAGGACCAGGGUCCUCUGGACCUCAUCAUCCACAAACUGACCGACCUCAUCCUGGAAGCGGACCAGAACGAUUCGCAAGCGGUGCGGCUGGUCCAGAGAGUACAGGACUACAUCGAUGCACAUCCCGAGACCAUCAUCCUGGACCCUCUUCCCGCCAUCCGGACUCUGCUGGACCGCUGCAAGUCCUACCAGCUCGUCCACAGGAUAGAAAAGUGUAUGAAAGACGAGAGGAUUUGCUCUCCUCCAUUCAUGGUCCUCAACACGGAGUGCAACCCGGACGUGCUGGAGCAGAUCAAGCUGCAGGGUCUCACAUUCCCCUUCAUUUGCAAAACCCGUGUGGCCCAUGGCACCAACUCCCAUGAGAUGGCCAUCGUCUUCAGCGAGGAGGACCUGAAGGACGUGAAGCCGCCGUGUGUGAUCCAGAGCUUCAUCAACCACAACGCGGUGCUGUACAAGGUGUUUGUGGUGGGAGAGUCCUACUCCGUGGUGGAGAGGCCCUCCCUGAAGAACUUCCCUUCUGGGCCUGCAGAAAGGAAAGCCAUCUUCUUCAACAGCCACAACGUCUCCAAGCCGGAGUCCUCCUCAGACCUGACCUCGAGGGAGAACGUGGAGGGCGUGUCCCACCCGCCCUGCGACGACGUCAUCAGGGAGUUGUCCAGGUCACUGCGGCAGGCUCUGGGCGUGUCGCUGUUCGGCAUCGACGUCAUCAUCAACAACCAGACGGGCCAACACGCGGUCAUCGACAUCAACGCCUUCCCCGGCUACGAGGGCGCCCCGGAGUUCUUCAACGACCUGCUGAGCCACAUCAGCACCGUCCUGCAGAGCCACAACCCCGACUUCGCCCCCGCCGGCGAGCUGCCCAAAGCCCCGGCGGUGAGCGGCGGCGGAGGAGGAGGAGGAGGCGGCGCCGGCCCUCAGGUCCCCGGCUGCAGCAGCAGCAUCCGAGGGAAGGAGCUGCAGAGACUGGGCUGCAACUCGGCCGUGUCUCCCAACUUCCAGCAGCACUGCGUCUCCACGAUAGCAACCAAGGCCUCCUCCCAGUGACUUAGCCCCGCCCGGCCCGGCCCGCUUGAUUCCUAAACAAACAAAAUCACAGUGGUGACAGUAAUAAUAAUAAUAAUAACAGUGAUGAAGAAUAAUAAUCAGAGUAAUUAUGGUGUUAAUAAUGUAUCUAAUCAAAACUAGGCCUUUUUUUUCCCCCCUCUGUGGUUACUGAAACUGUCGGUGAUUGGGUGUAAGCGUCUUUCCUCUCUGCCUCUUUGUACAUUUGGUUCUGUCUAACGAGACGAUAGCAGUACUGUAACGUGAACCUGUGGGAAACCCAGCAGCCGAGCUCAGUUCUCCCCGCCGUGAAAAGGGUCCAGAGACGAGGGAGCCAAGCGUUUAUAGACGGGUCCUGGUCCCGUGGGCCCACUCUAGGGUCAGAACCACUCAGAUUGAGGAUUUUUGGGGUUUUUUUUAGCUGGAGCGAACGUGAGCGGCUUGUUAAUUUUAAACGCCGUGAAGUCGGUCUGAGACCAACAAAAAAAGAAAAAACAUCCCUGAUCACGCGACCAGGUUCUGUGGCGCUUCCGAUUUCCUUCUCAUCCGGGUCUCAGUUUAAAGUGUCCUGCGACCACAUUCCCCCCCCCUUUUUUUUUUUUUUUGUCUGCAAUGAUUCCACGAUGUUUUUCCCAAUAUAGCAGAUCGAUUGUCUCCUUAAACACGUAAAUUAAGACAGAAAAUCCUAAAUACGUCAGAGGAGGGGCGGGGGGGGCAGAUCACUAGCUUUCCCGUUGCUCCUCCUCUGCAGAAGCCCGGUUCUGACCCGGUUCCUCUUCCAGCUGCUUGUAUCCGUGUGACGGGGAGGGAGGGAGGCCCAGCUCUAGUUCCCAGUGUUCACUGUGAUUUUUUUUUUUUUUUUUUUUACUCCAGUUUGUUUAUACUUUUGUCUUGACAUCAUAAUGAGAGUAACUUUAUUUUAUUGAGAUUUUAUGGGGAAAAAAAAAAAAAUGUUUUAUAUAAAUAAUAUGAGAGCGGUAACGUUUUUUUUUUUUUUGAAACAUGUGGAUAUUUUACAGUAAAAUGGCUCGCAUGUCGACGAUCAAAUUCAAACCAGUACUGCGGUUCAGUCUGUAAACGAUUGCAUUCCUCUGAGCCUGCCUCUUAACUCUGAUUUCCCAGAGAUCAUUCCUCCCGUUUCCCCCCAAUUAAGCAAUUAAUUGCCCCCCGCAGCCUCCUCAUCAGAAGGUGUGAACUCACCUGUGGAAAAAACCGGAUGGGAGGAGGCGACCGGAGUCCCGCCAGGUUCAGGAGGAUGUAAAUCCGUACACGGCGCUGUUCCUUCCUGCGCUUCGUUUCUGAUUAGAAGAAAAAUAAUAAUCCGCCACCCGGACUGUGUCCUGCUCCCAGCUUCACCUCAAUGUUUACUUCUUGGGUGUCUUGUAUAAUGUUUAUAUGCACCGAGGCUUAAUUCAGUAUAGUAUGUUUUGUAAGAGUUCUGUAAUUAAGAUCCACAAUUUUGACCUUUUUUUAAAUUAAAGGGCCAGUACAACAGGCAAAAAUAAACAUGUGAAACCUC